CAACACAGAAUCACUACAACAGAAAUACACAGAGCAAGAUAUUCAAAAACUUAUAAAUUCUUUCAAAACAAAAAUGGGGAUCGUAGCAUUCGAAUGGGCAGAGGGAAAAACCAACCAACUCACGCUGCUGAUGAACCGAGACAAUUGGGAAAACAGGGUCAUAAGUGGGGCAUCUUGGAGUCGAAACGGUCAGAUUUUGAGUGGUCGGUGCAAAGCUAACAACGGAACCUGGUUUGGUAUUACUAAAGGUGGCCGAGUCGCUUUUCUCGUGAAUACAUCGUUGUUGUUGGACCGUGUUAAGUCAUACAGCGGCUCGGAGUUGUAUCCCGUUCGUUUCUUGGAGGGCAACAUGAGUCCAGAGCAGUUUGCCAACGAAGUGAAAGUGCAUGAAAAGGAGACUAAUGAAAGGCAUGCCUAUAGUCUUGUCGUUGCAGACAUGACUUCGAGUUCAAUGGUUCAUAUCCUGAAACCCUCGGAUACUAAGUCUGAUGUCGUGAUAGAGACUGUUCCGUUUGGUGUGCAUACACUUUCUUCUUACGAAGGUCUCGAUUCUACAGAUUCUGCCAGGGAUUUACUCCUGAGACGCUUGUUUACCCAGAUGGUUGGUAAUUUGGGAAACGUUCAACAACGACAGAUGGAGGAGAUUGCUGGGAGGUUUAUGUAUGAUGCUCAAGCAGGAAGAGACGCGGUGUUUUACCAUAGUAGAGAUGAGCAUCCUAAUGGAAAACUUGGAACGCAACGCUUUGGAACAACAAGUACGACAGCAUUGGUUGUGAAACGCACUAGAGAAGUGAUGCUCUUUGAGAAGUACAUGGAGCAGAAUGGUGCAUGGAACACGAACAACUUCGCUUUCAACAUCCAGUAGAGUUACAAAGAAACAUUGCGCAGCAUCCGAAUAUUAUUAUCUCUAAUUUAGUAAAUAAUCUCGUUGAUGCUGUAAAUAGAUCUCUCUAAUUUAUUUACAUUGUUAAGAUUCAGGGAAACCUAUUUCCUUGGUCACACACUACAUAUAUCUCCAGCUGUCUAUGAACAUUCUGCUUGAUAUACAUAAAUCAAGAAAUAGUUGAUUUUCUAAGACUUUAUCCUAUGCCAACUUAAAGUUCAUUUAUAUAUUUUCCAUCUAUUAAAUUCUUG